CCUGCUGACUCCGAGCUCACUGAAGACGCCCUUAGCAACAACACACAGCCGCGUCGAAUAAGAUACUUCUACCACAGAGAAGACGGAUUAAACACCGCCGCGUUAUUGCACCGAGUGCAGGUGAAGGUGUUCUGCUAAGGAGAUGUUCCGGUUGUGCCUAUAUUUACCAUCGGGCUUGAGUACAGCUAGAGAGAUAGCCUGUAUUCGCUAGCCCUCCCCGAAGACGAGCGAAGCGGCCCCAAGCUGUCCCGAAGGAGGACACCAUCGUGGGGGUUCACCGAGCGCCGCAGCCUGCUAAAACAGCUAACCGGGAAUAAGCACCGGAAUGGUGCUUUGCAUCGACUCACUGUACCGACAGAGAAAAACGAGGGGCACACGGGUCAGACCAGCGAGCUGUAACAGUUGGACUCACACGGUUUUACACGGACGGAACGGCUCUCGGGCGGACGAAUGUUUUUUGUGACCGUGAGAGCUAGCUGGUGAGCUAACUGAAGGAAACGACCCCCAUCGCCUGCUCUGGCUUUUUCCAACUGCAGCCACGGCUAAUGUUGGCCGGAGCGAGAAGAGCAGAGCAGAGCACUGAGUACACAACUCUGGGUUUAAUAAGACGAGACUAAAAUACAGUCAUCGCCCAGAAGAAGGCUCGCUAAACCCAACACGUUAGUUUAUUCAAUAGAAAGCACAACUCAAUAGGGUGUUUGACUUUAUUAGCAAAUACGAGCGACGGUGAAGUCAUUCAUGCUGUUGGUUAAGUUUUGCUCCGUGACUAGAUUGAAUCUUUUAUUUUCCACUUUUUUUAUUCGUUUUUUUCCCCCCUUCGCUUCGGAUGCUGUUAUUACAUAUUAAAUGCAGUCAUGAUGAUAAUAAGCAGAAAACCAGAGGGCCCAAUAGCAACAGCACGCCAUGGUGAUGGUCUGUAUGACUCGUACAUGAGGACAGACCACAUCCUUAAAGACGAAGCAGAUACAAACAGUCCGUCUGUGCUGCCCCCUAUGCCCAAACACACAGUUGUCAGUAACAAGACUGUAAUGAGGGAUCAGGUAACUGUGCGAGGUGGCCAGCUGAAGGUUAAGUACCUCUAUGAAGACUCCACCAAUAACCGAAAGAUCAAUGCCAUAACCACAGCAGCCACUCAGAACAGUGGGACCACAGGUCAGACGCCCAGUAAACCUACCCCGGUCUCCAGCCUGUCCAAAGAGCACAGUGUAGACAGCACUGAAUCCAGUAAGGGCUCCAGUGAUUCCUCCGGGCCUAAUGGAGUUGGCAAUGGAGGGAACAGUGGGAAGCUGUGUGGCCCUCUCACUCCUGAUCAGGCUCUAAGACUGUACCGGUCUCAACUGACCAACCUGGAGCAGACGGAGAUCCACUCCUACCCAGACAUCUUCUUUGUGGGACCCAAUGCCAAGAAGAGGCCUGCAGUUGCUGGAGGCAACAACAACUGUGGCUACGAUGAUGAGCAGGGUGGAUACAUUCAUGUCGCCCAUGACCACCUGGCUUACCGCUACGAGUUCCUCAAGAUCAUUGGUAAAGGUAGCUUUGGCCAGGUGGCUAAGGUAUACGAUCACAAACUGCAGCAGCACCUGGCUCUCAAAAUGGUGCGCAACGAGAAGCGUUUCCAUCGGCAGGCACAGGAGGAGAUCCGCAUCCUGGAGCAUCUGCGCAAGCAGGAUCGUAAUGGCACAAUGAAUGUUGUGCACAUGCUUGAAAACUUCACCUUCCGCAACCACAUCUGCAUGACCUUUGAGCUGCUUAGCAUGAACUUGUAUGAGCUAAUCAAGCGCAACAAGUUCCAGGGCUUCAGCCUGCCACUGGUCAGGAAGUUUGCACACUCCAUUUUGCAGUGCCUGGAGGCCCUGAGCAAGCACAGAAUCAUCCACUGUGACCUCAAGCCAGAGAACAUCCUGCUCAAACAGCAGGGACGCAGCGGCAUCAAGGUGAUUGAUUUUGGCUCCAGCUGUUUCGAACACCAGCGGGUGUACACAUACAUCCAGUCUCGUUUCUAUCGCGCUCCAGAGGUGAUCCUUGGCUCCCGUUACGGCCUUCCUAUCGAUAUGUGGAGCUUCGGCUGCAUACUGGCUGAGCUGCUGACUGGCUACCCCCUGUUCCCCGGCGAGGACGAGGGUGACCAGCUGGCCUGUGUCAUGGAGCUACUGGGCAUGCCUCCGCAGAAGGUCCUGGAGCAGGCAAAAAGGGCAAAGAACUUCAUCAACUCCAAGGGCCACCCUCGCUACUGCGGCGCCAACACCUUGCCUACGGGGGCCACUGUCCUCACUGGGUCUCGCUCUCGCCGAGGAAAGAUGAGAGGUCCCCCGGGUAGCAAGGAGUGGAGUGCUGCGCUCAAGGGCUGUGAGGACCCCACCUUUACUGACUUCAUAAAGAAGUGUUUGGACUGGGACCCCUCGUCUCGUCUCACACCAAUCCAGGCACUCAGACACCCUUGGCUGUAUCGGCGCCUACCCAAACCGUUACCUGGGACCGAGAAGAGCCAAGGGGCCUCCAUGAAAAGGCUCCCAGAGCACCACAGCACCUCCUUCCCCGCUAUCCUGGUCAAAGGAGGGCCUGGCUUAGGCGCCUCAACCGUCAACAACAAACUUAGGAGCAACAUUUUGGGAGAGUCAGGGGAGGUCAUACCUCUUCGCACAGUCCUACCCAAACUUGUCUCUUAGAGAGAGAGCCCUGUGAUCUCCUCUCUUCUUCCACUGCUUCCUCCUCUACACUCCUCAGGAGGAGUCAGAGUACAGGACAAAGUGGAGGCUAGGUUUUAAACUCGUUUGGUUGUUCUUUAAUUUGUUUUCUACUGAGAGGUGUCGACACCCCAGUUCCUGGUUUUAAUAUUAGAUGAACAGAGAGAAAGAGACAAUAAAAGAAACAGUUUUUAUAUAGAGGAUUUCCUUGAGCGGCUGUGAAAUUUCUGUAUACAGCCAUUGAUGAGGUUUGAUUUAGACAAUGCUUUUUAAAAAACUUUCUGUAUGAGUGGACAGCUUCGUCAAUGAGCGCAUUUUUUUAACCUGCGCGUGUUCUCACGUAAGUGGUGUGUUUUGGUAAAAUCACUUGCCUCACUUCACACUCAAAGGAUGCCUCCCUUUCUUGGCAAGUGCUUAUUUGAGAGAAACUUGAAAAGGGCUACAAAGAUUACUCUUAUCACAUUAGAGUUGGCAAAGCAAAGAUUUGUUCAGCCAGCCAAUGUGAUUAAAUAGAAAACAAGAAUCAAGCGUUGUUUGGCUCCCGCACACACUGAAAAAGUUCUCCCUCAUAUAUACAACAUGAAUGCCUUCACACAGGUAAUUAGGGAUUGGCAUUAAGUAGUGAAGAAUUAGGAAAACAUUUUUAGCAAUAAGUCUUCACUUUGUCCUUUUCAAGUUAUGCUUUUUUUCUACCUUUUCUGAUCCCUGGUGUGUGCAUGUCAGCUCAAUAUGUGAUGUUAGUACUUAACUGUGCUUUAGCUUUGUGGUGCUCUGUGGGAGGCAUUGGGCGUUGGACAACCUAUUUACAGCCCCUUCCUCCUCAACUCGCCUAUUUGAGUAAAACGUCUGGGGGUGAGGAGACAGUAGCUCAGCCACACUAGGUACUUCACAAACACCCUGCUGUGUGAGUCUGGCUCACAUAAGAGAGAGAGAGAUGCACAUCUGCACAUCAUUACACAUACUCAC